CCCGGUUAAAUUAAAGUUCGUCAAAGUUCCUCCCAAGAUAACUGUUGAUGGGUUCUAUUCACUCACUAAUAGAUGCUCCAGGAGGCUAUUCCAUUCUUCAAAAAAAUUCAGAAACCCGUCACUGUCGCUUUUGUGGAUCUGCUUAUAAUGAUAUUUGCACAAAAAGUGUAGUUAAUGCUUCAGGUUUGGAAAUUCACCAUCCUGCCGAACUCUGUGGUAUUUGGCUUGGAAAGUUAUACUUAAAUCAGAUUGGAAACCUUCGUUUGCAUGGGGAUUUUCGAGCAUCAUCUAUAUCUCCUUUACAUUGUACAGAAACUGAUGGCAAUUUUGAACCAAUUCAGUCACCAUUAAUCACACUACCGAAAAGAUCUUGUCCUCCAACAAAAUCUCAUGUUGCAACAUUGCUUCGGCAUACUGACACUUCGAAAUUCCAAUCAACUUUAAGAGAAGAGUUUUUUUCUACAAUGGACGUCAACAACCUCAGUACAACUCAAUACGCUGAAUUAGAAGGGUGUCGUAUUAACGGGUGUUUGUUUGUUGAACAUGGGAAUUUGGUUUUCCAGGCUGUUAAUAAGCGAUCACGUAUCCCAUUUCUACUUAUCGACCAGCAAAUGGCUGGAUCCACUAGUGAAUGUGCUUCAUCAACAGUUCAUAGCAAUUCUAAAACAUAUAGCAUAGAUCAAAAUUCAAUGCCAAUUUGUUCAUCUCUUGACAAUGGUUCUCGUUCAGUUAAUCUUGGUCGAAUAGGACAGAAAUGUUCAACUACAACACAUGGAGAUAAUCAUUAUGGAUUAACAAACAAAUGCCCUGAAGAUACUAAACCGCGUCUUCCACCGCCGCCUUUAAGACUAUCCUGGCCGUUAGUUACACUGCGCCGUUUUGGUUUCUAUGGGAAUAGUUUAUUUAAAGUGGAAACAGGCAGACGAGCUCCACGUGGUGAAGGACUUUAUCUAUUUCGUAUUAAACAUUUGAGAGAAUUUAAGAAAUCCUUUGAGACAUGUGUACAUCAUCGUCGUCAUGACACCUUGUCAGCGCAUCAUUUGUCAUUAUCAUCAUCACCAAUAAAAUUAACUACUGGUGCCACCGCUUCCACUGGCGGCGGCAACCCAGAGACUCGUUCAUUUCAUCGUAAUACCAUUUCUACUAGCCAUCAUCAUCAUAAUCAACAUCAUCAUAAUACUAAACUUGGAAAGUUUUCAUCCAUGAUGUCAUUUAAUAAAAUCUUUCAUAAACCAUCUUCAUCUUAUGCCGGUAGUGGUACAACAACAACAACACCUAUCAUUGAAACAUUGAAUGAAAAUCUGUUCAAUAGUCAAUGUGAUGAGCGUACAAUUGCUGUAGAUAAUGAUAACAAUAAUAACACAUUACAAAAGCAUAAAACUCAACAAUGUCCACCAGUUUUAUCGGAAAUCAAUAAUUUGGCCUUUUCAUUCGAUGAUGCAGAGAUUGAUCUACUGCAAAGUAGUCAAACCGGGCAUAAAAAUAAUAAUAAGAAUAAGAGUAGUGAAAGACAAGAACAUCAUGAUCGUGUCUCCUCGAACUGUCUUCAUUGGCUUCAGUUACAGAAUUCAAAUAUAGGUUACAAUAACAAUAAUAAUAAUAAUAGUGAGAAUAAUAAUAACACUACUAAUAAUAGAAGUAAUCAAGACCAUAGUCUACGGCAUUCUACAUUUAAGUAUUCAUGCCCACAACUCAUUGACACAUCAUUAUCAUCAACAAUGAAUCCAGGGAAUUGGAAUGCUGAUUGUGAUACUGUUGAUGGUCGUCAUGGAGGCGGCAGUCACCACCAUCAUAAUCAUUGUCAGCAGCAGCAGCAACAACAGCAGGUUACUCAUCGUUCUCAUGAAGGUAAAGACUGUUGCCAACAACACUGCUGUGUUGUUAUGCAUCAUCAUUUCAAUCAACGAUGUCAGCACAUUCAGGAAGAAGGGGAUUGUAAGCAUAAUGAUAAUAGUAAUAAUAAUAAUAAUAAAGAGAAGAAGUCUAUUGAUUUGGGUGAGACUGUCAGUGAUGAUGAGGAUAUAUCGAAUCUACCGGAAGCACCAUUACCGCCUGUGUACAAUACCGCCGUCACCACUAAUAAUAAUGAUAAUACUGAUAACAACUCAUCCUAUUGUGAUAUUAUUCAAGAACAGGAUAUUUGUCAUCAAAAAAUCUACGAUAAUAUCAUUGUUCUUAAUACUAGUGAUAAUGAUAAUAGUAAUAAUGACGAUGAAAGUUGUCAUACACUGAUUCGCCGACCACCAACUGUACCAACAAUGACUGCACCAUCAACAACUCUUUGUAUAACUCAUCAAAGAUUCGAUGCCUUAAAGCUAUCUGAUGGAGAAGAAGAUGAUGAAUACAAAAGGGUGGUGGAAGAGCAGUCUAAGAUGAUGAUUAUCACAUGUGAAAACAAUUCUGAUAGACGACAAGAAAAUGUCGAUGGAACAACAGUGAGAAGAGGGGAUAUUGAUGAGAUGUUGACAGUAGGCGGCGGAGAACAACAAAGGCAGUCGCAAGCAACUACUAAUGCUACUGCUGUCAGUACUUGUGAAAAUUCACCUGUCUUAAUGAAACAGUUAAUGUCAACUGUAUCAUGUUCAUCAGAUAUGAAUUUAUCAGAGAUGAUUGAUAAACGCAGUGGCGUCAUUAUAUGUAAGAAUAAAUCACAAACUCUAAUUCUACCCAGACUACCAUCAUCACUAUCGUCCUCAGCGUCAACAUCGUCGUCUAAAAUGUAUCUACACGCUAGACAUGCUAGCCUGCCUAAUCCAAAUAUUUCUAAUACUACUAAUAGUAAUAAUAAUAAUAACAACAGUAGUGGUUGUAAUGUUAGUACUAGUCGUUGUGGUCAUAGUGAUGUUGACGAUAUGGAUGUCAGUAUGUCGUCUACUGCUGUUACUCCAGCAACUUGUAGAAAAAGUCAAGAAGAGAAUUUAUUUCGUCAACAGCAGCAACAACAACAGCUACAAAAGAAAUUAUCUUCUGAUUAUUUGUGUAAAAUACAUCGUAAUUUAAGUAAUUCAUCGGAUAAAAGGAAUACUGAUGUUCUGGAUAUGAUUACAGAGCAUGCACCAUAUUAUAAUUUAUCAAGUCCUGAAGCGUUAACUCAUCUUCAUUGCAGUGGAUUGUGUACAUCACAAACAAUCACCUCGUCCUCAGUACCCAAGGAGUAUAAACAAAGAUGUAUUCAUUCAUCGUCUAGUGUAUCAUGUCUUCCAACUACUGUUACUGAUAUUCGAUUAACUCGUCAAACAAUCGAUGAUAAAUCAUCACUCAUACUGCAUGAUUCACAAUGUUGUAAUGAUUAUGCAUUACAUAAGAAAGAAUCAUCUACGCAUACAACUAUGGUCAAUAGUAGUAAUAAUGGUUCUUUGACAAUGUCAAUGCCAACAACCACGCUGACGACGACGACAACAACAACGACAACUGUUCCACGUAGACUAAACACUAUUGGACAUCGUCGAUAUUGUGAAAGGCCUACAAGUAUGCUGCAUUAUGCUACUUUAGAUUUUGGUCCAAUUACAUCAGAUUUACAUGUAUACAGAAAUGAAAAUACAACAGUAGAUACGACAACAACAACAGAUCAUCAUCAUCAUUCUAAUGUGUACAAUAAUAAUAAUAGUAAUAGUAAUAACAAUACCACUUAUGAUGGUCAUAAUUCACAUUAUAAUUCUAGUCAUAUUCAAAGAUGUUGUACUAUGACUACUGAUAGUAGCAGUAAUAGUAAUAAUGUCAAUAGUUCCCAUCAUAUCAAUGAUAAUUAUUGUUCACGUAUUUAUGGAACAUUAACUGAUACACUGCAUUUACAACAUAUGCUAGAUUCGCCUAGUCAAAAUAAUCAUUUUUCAAGGUAUACAACCAUAUCGAAUACUGGCACUACUACUUCGACAACAGCAACAAUCACAACAACUCCUACGAGUCAUAAUAAUAAUGCUCACGACGAUGAUGUAUGUCAUGAUGAUGGGACAGAUUCUGAUCUGCCAUCGAAUUAUGUGGCUAUCUGUCAACUGCAAACAUUGGCUAUGCGUGCAGUAUUAAGUGCAACUACCUAA